AUGAGCAAGUCGCUUCUUGCCUUUGUUUGGAUAGCCAGUCCCUUGACGGGUGCGCUGGUGCAACCAUACAUUGGCAUUCAAAGCGAUAACUGCCGACUCGCGUGGGGUAAGAGGAAACCGUUCAUGGUCGUUGGAGGCGCAGCAACCGUCGUUUCAUUGCUAGCCCUGGCAUGGGUGAAAGAAAUUGUGGGAGGAUUUUUGUCUAUAUUCGGUGUUGAAUCGACAUCUCCAGGAGCCAAGAUUGUUAUCAUUAUCAUGGCAACAAUUUUCAUGUGUUGCCUUGAUUUUGCCAUCAACACCGUGCAAGCUGCAAUCAGAGCAUUCAUCGUUGACAACUGUCCCACCCACCAGCAGGAGCUGUCCAACGCCUGGGCUAGCCGUAUGGUCGGCGUUGGCAACAUCUUGGGGUAUAUCUUUGGCUAUAUGGACCUGCCGAAGGUUGUUCCUUUCUUGGGAAAUACACAGUUCAAGGUUCUGUGUGUACUCGCAUCGGUCUUUCUGAGCGCAACCCUUGCUAUUAGUUGUGUCUACAUCAAAGAGCGGGACCCCCGAGGAGACGGGCCGGUGACCGACAAGCUUGGCGUGGUCUCCUUUUUCAAACAGGUCAUCAAGUCGAUUCGGAGCUUGCCAACACAGAUUUCCCGCGUCUGUCAGGUGCAGAUAGCUGCGUGGGUGGGCUGGUUCCCAUUCCUGUACUACUCCACGACUUAUGUCGGACAGCUCUACGUCAAUCCCGUUUUCGCAGAUAACCCCCAUCUGUCCGAGGGCGAGGUCGAUAAGGCUUGGGAAAAUGCUACUCGCAUCGGAACAUUAGCUCUCCUCAUCUAUGCUAUCAUCUCUUUCCUUGCCAACAUCUUGCUUCCUCUUUUCGUGGUCCCCUUAUAUGGGCCGGCUCCAGAAACUAUUUCGCAACGGGAUUCUCUAGACGGUGAUUCAGAUGACGACGCAGAGCCGGCCACAAGGAGACUAUCAUUUUCAAGUAUGCCGACGGGAAAUGCAUCCGAGCCUCUGCUCGACGCAGUUCCAGUCGGACAGGAGACCGAAGGGAAACCGACUUGGCUUUCACGCCUGCGCAUCCCAGGCUUGACUCUCCCACGAGUCUGGCUCCUCUCGCACCUCCUGUUUGCAGCAUGCAUGUUCAGCACUUUCUUCAUCUACUCUCAUCAAGCCGGGUCGGCGUUUGUGGGCCUUGUCGGUAUCUCAUGGGCUGUAGCGCUGUGGGCUCCCUUCGCCCUUAUCUCGGCGGAGGUAGCUAGGAUGGAUCCCUCAAGACGAAAUCGCCACCGCACAGCUCAGACCACCUAUAAUGAGCAUGAAAGCGAGGCACAGGAUGAGGGUCCUGGCGAAAAUGACAGCGUCCGCGGCGCUGAUGUUGAGAAUGGACAACCGAAGGAUUAUCGUGAGGGUGGGGAUGUUGCACAGGCGGGUAUCAUUCUUGGACUGCAUAAUAUGGCUAUUUCUCUGCCCCAGAUUCUGUCUAGUCUUGUUUGCAGUGCUAUUUUCAAGGCGUCUCAGAAGCAAAGAGGGGAGCCGUGGGAUGAUAGUGUGGGCUGGGUGCUACGGUUUGGUGGAUGUGCUGCGUUAGUGGCUGCAUGGUUGACUAAAAGGGUUUCAGAUGGGUCAAGGUAG